AUACGAAAAUAUAUUCACGGGUAUCAAAACUGCCUUGCAACACCGCGUUCCCUGUAAAAAAGAAAAUUAUAAGAAGUGAAGGGUAGAGAAAUAAAUACAAAUUCUUACAUUCCUGUAAUAAAAAUUCUCAAGUUCAAUCAUUAUAGUUAACUAAAAUUAUAGUAAACUAAAAUGAAUGUUUAAAGUUUAAAGAGGCGAUAAAUAUGAAUUUAAAAUGUGAAAACCUGGAAAAAAUAUUUUCUUCUUCAUCAUUAUCAUGAUCGUAAUUGGCCAUCAUCUCUCUUAAUUCAACUUUUGCACAUUGGAAUUUUCACCAUGGUUUUGAAUUUUUUUUUGUUGAUUAUGUCUGUGGUGUUGUUGUUAGGCUUCUCCGUGUAAAGUUGUGGAGCUUGUUUUUUUGUUCACGAGUGUGGGGAGUUCCUUUUGCCUUCAGUAUUUUUUUUUGUUUUCAAAGAAGCAUUUAUUUGAAGUUGCUUAAGAAAUCGUGUUUGGUCAAAAACAUACUUAUUCAAAUAAAAUGUAUAUCCUUUUUUAAAUUGAGUGUAUGGAAAUUUAAAAAAAGUGAAAAAAGUGGUGAAAAAUAAGUGUUUUUCAUUUUUUAAAUUUACAAAUCUUCAUCUUGUGUUAUUGUUGAAGUUUUCUUUAACUGUGUGUUAGUGUGCUGUGGAAUAUACAUAUCUGUGUAGCAUGCAUUUUAUGCAAACAAAAUUAAGUUACAGAAAAUUGUAUUGCCUUUGAAAAUAGAAAUGUAAUACGAAUACCUAAAAAAAUAUGUAUAUGUAUGUAAAGAUAUGUGCUAUUAAAUAUUCUCUUUAUGAAUUUUACCCCGAAUAAAGUUGGUUAAAAAAAAUUACGGUUUAUGUUUAAUCUAUUAAAUAUUCUCUUUAUGAAUUUUACCCCGAAUAAAGUUGGUUAAAAAAAUUACGGUUUAUGUCUAAUCUAUCAAUCUGAAGCAGAAGACUUAUUGGAAUAGCAGUUUCCGGGUUUUAAGUUCAUAUGAUACAAAACUAUUCUAUAUUUUGGAUAAACAAACAAUUAUAUUACAUUUCUGAUAAUGUAGGGGAGUGCCAUCCACAACACAUCAUAAAUUGAUUUUCAAAGCAGCACACCAGAACCAUGUUUAUCAAAUGAAGUAAUAUUUUUGUUGGGGCGUGUAAAACAUCCAUUCCCACUUUUGAUCUUCGAUCCCAAAACAAAACUAUCUUGCUUAAGCAAACGGAAUAGAAAAAACUUCAAAUUGGCUCAUUCAACUUUAGAUAUGUCUCAACGGGAUUUCUCAGAGAAUGAACCCGAUUGCACCCCGGAAUUGCCAGCUGCUAAUCGGGCGUUGUUCCUUGAGAAAGUCCGCCAAUCAAAUGCAGCUUGCCAGAACGGGGAUUUUGUUACAGCAGUAGCCUUGUACACAGAUGCACUUUCAUUGGAUCCGGGAAAUUAUAUUCUUUACAGUAAUCGUUCCGCGGCUCGCCUAAAGCAAGGUCAGUUCGCAUUGGCCUUGCAAGAUGCAACCAAGGCUCGAGAGCUUUGUCCUCAGUGGCCGAAGGCCUAUUUCCGACAAGGGGUUGCUUUGCAGUGCCUGGGGCGAUAUGGAGAAGCUUUGGCAUCAUUUAGCGCCGGGUUGGCACAAGACGCUCAAAAUAAACAACUACUUGCUGGCCUUUUUGAAGCUUCGAUAAAGAGUCCUUUAAAGCAUGCCCUUGAGCCAACCUUCCAGCAACUACGAACUAUGAGCUUGGAUCAGAGUCCAUUCGUUGUAAUUUCUGUAGUAGGCCAAGAGCUUCUGCAAGCUGGACAAUAUCAUUCGGCGGUAACUGUUCUUGAGGCUGCUCUACGAAUUGGGUCUUGUUCUCUGAAAUUAAGAGGAUCUGUGUUCAGUGCUUUGAGCUCUGCUCAUUGGGCAUUAAAUCAACUGGACAAAGCAAUUGGGUACAUGCAGCAGGAUCUAGCGGUUGCCAAAAGCUUGGGAGACACUGCAGGCGAAUGUCGGGCACAUGGGAACCUGGGUAGUGCCUACUUCAGUCAGGGUUCCUAUAAAGAGGCCUUGACUGCCCAUCGAUAUCAAUUGGUACUUGCCAUGAAAUGUAAAGAUACUCAAGCAGCUGCAGCUGCUCUAACAUCACUGGGACACGUCUACACAGCAAUUGGUGACUACCCGAAUGCACUAGCCAGCCACAAACAGUGUGUCCAGUUAGUUAAACAAAUGGGCGAUCGCUUGCAAGAAGCCAGGGAAAUCGGAAACGUUGGAGCAGUUUACCUAGCAAUGGGCGAGUUCGAUUCAGCUGUCGAUUGUCAUACCCAACAUCUCCGUUUGGCAAGAAAACUUGGAAAUCAAGUUGAGGAAGCUCGAGCUUACAGCAAUCUUGGUUCGAGUCACCACUACCGUAGAAAUUUUUCCCAGGCAAUAACAUUUCAUGAGCAGGUCCUUCGAAUUUCUCAACAACUUGGCGAUCGGAAUAUCGAAGCACGAGCGUAUGCUGGACUUGGACAUGCAGCUCGAUGUGCUGGAGAUGCGAUUCAAGCCAAAAAGUGGCAUGAAAAACAACUUGAAAUGGCACUUGCCGCUCGCGAUAAAGUUGGAGAAGGCAGGGCGUGCUCUAAUCUUGGAAUUGUGUAUCAGUUGCUUGGGGAACAUGAUGCGGCUCUAAAAUUGCAUCAAGCUCAUUUAACUAUAGCUCGACAACUACACGAUCGAGCUGGUAUGGGGAGAGCAUAUGGAAACAUUGGGAAUGCUUACUCUGCGGCAGGGCUAUAUGAAGCUGCCAUAAAAUACCAUAAACAGGAGCUGACUAUUAGCAAAGAAGUUCACGAUCGCAGUGCGGAAGCUUCCACUCACGGUAACUUAGCAGUAGCCUAUCAAGCGUUGGGAGCUCAUGACAUGGCGCUAAUGCAUUAUCGCGCUCAUUUGAAUAUUGCCAGAGAGCUGAAAGAUACCGCUGGUGAAGCUUGUGCCUUACUUAAUCUAGGGAACUGCCUUAGUUCUAGGCAGGAGUUUGCGCAGGCCGUUCCCUACUAUGAACAGUAUCUGAUGCUCUCACAAGAGUUGGGAGAUGUUGCGGCUGAGGGCAAGGCAUGUCAUUUCCUGGGGUAUGCACAUUAUUGCAUUGGUAACUACCGUGAGGCUGUUAGAUACUAUGAUCAAGAUCUGGCAUUAGCAAAGGACUUGCAGGAUAAAAUGAAUAUGGGCAGGGCCUACUGCAACUUGGGGCUUGCACACUUGGCGCUGGGUAACAGUCAAGCUGCUUUAGAAUGUCAAAAGUACUUUUUAGCAGUUGCCCAUAUGACGAACCAUUUACCUGGAAAAUUCCGAGCACUUGGAAAUAUUGGGGAUAUUCUUAUUCGCACAGUUGAGAUUGAAGAAGCGGCAAAAAUGUACCAGAGGCAAUUGGCCUUAGCCCGACAGGCAAGGGAAAGACCCAUGGAAGCAGCUGCUUGUGGAGCACUGGGAUUGGCUCAUCGACUGAUAAAAAAGUUCGAUAAGGCUCUUGGCUACCACACACAGGAGCUGACACUGCGUCAAGAAAUGGCUGAUCUACCAGGGGAAUGUAAGGCACACGGUCAUCUUGGAGCAGUACAUAUGGCUCUUGGUAAUUACACACACGCUGUCAAGUGUUAUCAAGAACAAUUAGAACGAGCUCAAGAGCUUCAAGACUCUGCAAUUGAAGCACAGUCAUAUGGUAAUCUGGGAAUUGCCAAAUUGAAUAUGGGUCAUUACGAGGACGCUAUUGGAUACCUAGAGCAGCAAUUAGGCACUUUAGAACAGGUGAAUACUUCAACCACCCAGCAUGAUAGGGCACGAGCGCUAGGCCACUUAGGUGAUUGCUACGAUGCUCUUGGUGAUUAUGAAGAAGGUAUCAAAUGUCAUGAAAGACACCUACAGCUUGCCACUGCUCUUUUGAGUUAUCGAGAUCAAGAAAGAGCAUAUCGUGGCUUGGGACAUAGUCAUAGAGCUUUGGGCAACUUGCAGGAAGCACUUGUCUGUCUAGAAAAACGACUUGUUGUGGCUCAUGAACUUGGAAGUUCAGAAGCAAAAGCAGCUGCAUACGGUGACUUGGGGAACAUCCAUUGUGCCCUUGGAAACCACGAACAAGCAGUCAAUUGCCUUGAGCAUCAAAAAGAGAUUGCAAGGGAAUUAGGUGAUCGAGCUCUUGUCUCUGAUGCUACUAGUGCACUAGGAAAUGUCUUCCAUCAGAUGGGAAACCACGAUGGUGCUCUAAAGUUACACAAAAUGGAUUUGGAAAUAAGUGAAGCCCUUGGUGUGAUGUCUCUUCAAGCUAGGGCCUGCUCGAACUUGGGCUCAGUCUAUGAAAGCAUUCGAAGCUACGUGGAUGCGAUAAAGUUUUUCGAAAAGCAACUUUCCUUGACAACUGACCGUUUAAGCAAAGCCUACGCCUGUGGUUCCUUAGGUCGUGUUUUCCAUCAAAUGGGUCAGACAGCUCAAGCCAUAAAUUUCCUUCGUCAGGGCUUAGCUAUUGUACAGUCCCUUAACAAAUCGGAAGAUGAAGCUAAAAUAAGGCAUCAGUUAGGCCUUGCUCUACGUGCUUCCGGUGAUAAUGAGAAUGCUCGCACUCAAAUGGAAACAGCUGCUCAAAUACUAGAAUCGGUUCGCUACGAUCAGAGAUCGCCAGAAGGCCGGACGGUGCUGUUUGAUUUGCAAACGUCCUGCUAUCACAUGUUGCAGCAGAUCCUGGUGUCUAUGUCCCGCAACGAGGAGGCUUUAGUGGCUGCUGAGAGAUGUAAGGCCCGAACUAGCCCGGAUACAAACAGUAUUUCCCGAAAAACUAUGAUAACAUGUAGCGAAAGCAUAUUCGACACCGUCAACAAGACCAAAACUAAUGUACUCUACUUCAGUUUGGCUGGCAACGAGCUUUUUGCGUGGUUUCUUCAACCACAGAAGGGAAUCGUUCGAUUUCAUUCAGUUGAAAUCAAUGAAAAUACUUUAAAGAUUCCCCGUGAAAAGCUUACUGACAAUGGGGUAAAAGAGAGUCCUGAAAACUUAUUGGAAAUCUACAUAAAUAUGGUAAGGGACAGUCUGGGUGUUAACUCUGACACCGUUCUACAUGAAGGUGAUGGCAGUGGGUGGCGUUCUAGUUCAGAGAAUCUGCUUGACGAUUUUUCAACUGAAAGAGCUGGUUUUCUUCGUAUGGUCAAUCGAAACCAUUUACUAAACUCCAGCAACUAUUCCCUAAGUUCACUGUUUAGUUUAGGGAGCGUGGGUGGUUCGGUAGCGAGCUUACAAGGUUCCACAAGAUCUAUCGCAAGUUUGCAGGGUUCAACUAGGUCUCGACGCACUCAAAUGUUACCCACCUGGCAGGGGCCAAGCUGUUUACAUACCCUUUACAAUCUUCUUUGGGAACCAUUUGAUGACCUUUUGCCUUCAGGAGGUGCCGUUUCUCGACAAGGCCGGAAAGAGCUCAUACUUGUUUUAGAAAAUGAGCUUUAUCUUGUUCCAUUUGCAAUUUUGAGAAGUUCAAAAGAAGAUGGAGAAUACUUGUCUGAACGGUGUUCUAUCAUCACAAUUCCUUCACUCCAAUCUCUUCGCCUUAAGAGCAAAACCAUUCGUACUAGAGAACUGGCCGAAAACCUAAAUACUGCCCUAGUUGUUGGAGGUCCCAGGAUCCCGUCGACCCUAUCGGAAACUUGGGGGUGGUCAGAAUCCCCAGCUUCUAUACAAGAAGCUGCAAUGGUAGCUGACAUGCUGCAAUCAAAGGCCUUAGCGAGCUGUAACGCAACUAAAGAAGCAGUGGUAUCUGAAUUGCCGACUGCAGAGUGUGUUCAUUUUGCUGCAAAUCUAAGUUGGAAGCUAGGAGCAGUAGUGCUAAGUCCCGGUGAUGUUGUCGAUUCUCAAUCACAAAAACGCUACUAUCAAUCUACUUCAAACAAUGAGGAGAAUGACGAAGAGGGAAAUGAACUAGCGAAUGGAAGUAUUGAAAUUCCACCGCUUUCAGAUUUCAUUCUUUCUGCUGCUGACGUCUUGACAAUGAAAUUAAAUGCAAAACUUGUAGUUCUUAGUUCAUAUCAUUCCAUUGAGCCCAUAACAGGAGCUGGAGUGGCAAAUUUAGCUGGAAGUUGGCUGUGUGCUGGAGCAGGUGCAGUUCUCAUUUCACUGUGGCCGGUUCCUGAAACAGCUGCUAAGAUUCUUCUACGAGCUUUCUAUUCGGCUCUUUUGCAAGGAUCUAGAGCUGCACGAGCUUUAGCAGAAGCAAUGCAGACAGUGCAGCACACAAAACAUUUUGCUCACCCUGCAAACUGGGCCGGGUUUCUUCUAGUUGGGGGCAAUGUUAGGCUUUCAAACAAAGUAGCUUUAAUGGGCCAUGCCCUAUGCGAGUUAUUACGAACUCCUGACAAAUGUCGAGAUGCCUUGCGAGUGUGUUUGCAUCUUGUAGAAAAAAGUCUCCAAAGGAUCCACCGUGGACAGAAAAAUGCCAUGUACACCACUCAGAAGAGCAUAGAGAAUAAAGCCGGGCCAGUUAAUGGAUGGAAGGACCUUCUCAUGGCAGUCGGAUUUCGGUUUGAGCCUGCAGCAAAUGGAAUACCUUCAAGUGUAUUUUUUCCACAAGCUGACCCGGAAGAUCGCUUGUCGCAGUGCUCUGCAAGUCUGCAAGCACUGCUUGCUCUAACUCCAAUAACCCUUCAGGCCUUGGCUAAGCUCGUUAACAGCAUUGAUGUGGCCGAUGAUAUAAUAGCAGUUAUUCGAAAUGUUCUCAGUCAGUUCCCACCAAAGGGAAGUCCAGAAGUGGAGUCGUGCAUAGAGAUUCCAUUGUCGGUAAGGCUCUGGAGAGUUUCAGGCUGCCACGAGCUUUUGGCAUCAGUUGGAUUUGAUUUGACAGAAGUGGGUCAAGACCAGGUUACUCUUCGUACAGGCAAGCAAGCAAACCGCAGAAGUUGUCAGUUCGUACUUCAAGCUCUAUUGGCUCUAUUUGAUACCCAGGAAGCUCCAAAAACACUAGGACUUGACUCAAGCAGUAGUUGUGAGUCUCUAAAUGAAGAUAUUCGACCAGAGAAUCCAAUGAGUGCUUCAACUGGCUCUUUAUCGGGGCCAACAUCGCAACAAGCUAGUGUAUCACCAACAGACACAGUGAAAUCAAUGAGCAUUGGCAUGACAUUACCACCACUUCCCAUUAAUAGACCUCGUAUUCUUAGUGCUGGUGGAGGGGCUUUCAUUUCGUAUGUCCGUCGAAGAGGUGAACCGGAUGGAGGUCGCACUGAUACUGAAUCUUCGGCUCCGACUACAAAAAAUCCUAGCCUUACUGUAGGACUACCAUCUCUCUAUCCGAAUCUAGAUUCAAGUUUGGCAAAUACCACUGAUAGUGAGCUUUCAGAUGGUUACAUAUCCCAGAGUCACCUCAAGAAACCAAAUGGUCCACGCUUGGGGUACUCAAGUCUACGUGGACCAGUGCGAGUCUCUCGGCCUGGUGGUGGAGGGGAAAGCGAUGCUGCAUUUACACCAAGUCCACCAGUGACAACACAAACUGCUGUAGAUCCAAACGUCUCGUUAGCCUUGGCACAUCAAACCCGCAUUCGAAAUCUAUACUCCAGUACUGGAAUGACUUUCCUUGGGGAUAGUGUUAUUCCGGAGAUGAGUGUGCCCCCAAGCAUGUCCCGCCGACCAGAUAGUUCGAGCUCUGCUAGUUCCACUACUGACUGGGAAGGAUCGGGCCAUGCAACUGUUCUGCGAAGAUCUAAUCAGCAGCAAAGCAUGCCCCCAUUGCCACCCCCAAGACAGAACCUACCUUUGGUUGAUAGUCUUCGACCACUAGCUCCGUUAGCACCUGUGUACAAUAAUCUCGGGAAUCUGCCAAGUGCUGGUCCAUCAACCACUUGCAUUAGCAAUGUAUUGGAGUCGGCGGCCAGCUCUGACUCAGAGUUUGAGAGGGGGCUUGAAAUACCUUCACAAUCACUCGCUCACUUUAGAAUGAAGCCGAAAAUCAAACUAGGAAACGCACAAAUUCUACUUUCGAACAGAUUAAAAGAGACUACAUCCAUGUUUAUGGAUCGCCUUAGCGUUCGCACAGAAGUUUCUACAACAAGUUCCUCAAACGUUGCAAAUGCUAGUGGCAGCAGAAAGCCUCUAACUCUUCCAGAAGAUGAUAACACAUUGGUUUUCAAUUCUUCAAGUCUAUAUUUUGCUCCAGCAGAAACUGAAAUUGAAAACGGAAAAAAAGAACACAGCUCGAAAACACUUCCCGCAGCAAGUACAUCAAUUGGUGCCACUUCCAAAGAUAAUACCAAGCCUACAACCAAGAGCAUUCAAGAUACUAUUAUGCGACAUAUGAAUCGAGAGAUGACCCCAACUAUUUCAGAAGUUUAUCAUGAAAGAAACUUGGGAUUGGGCUUAGCACCACCUCUAUCGAAACUCCUUCUCAGUAAAAAUUAUGAUGAGUCAGAAAGUAAAAUGUCACCGGCCGGAUGUGCUAUCAAAAACAUUGUGGAUGCUGUAAGUGAAAUGGAGCUUAGCAGUACAUCAAACACGAGCACAAAUGCAAAAUCAAAUAAUGAGGAAGUUUGUUCUGUUUGUGGUGAACCUGCCAAUAUAAUUUGUCGAUGUAAGGCCGCCACAGUUCAAAAGAAAUCCACACUCAAACCCUGGCUAAGCAACAUUCCAUCGAGUAUCGUUAAAGCUAGUGAUCUAACAACUGCUGACAUCCUAGAACGUCAAAACAAAAUCAAAACUACAAACUCAGUUGGAAAUAUUGAAGCAGUGAGCAGUAUGGUGGGAAAACGAGCUAGCAGUCCAUUUAGUGAACUUUGCCGGCGAGAUGAAGGCGAUGGACGGUCUGUUGCAGACUCACAAUGUAGCAGUAGUUACAAAACAGACGUGACCAACGCAACAAUUACUCUAAAUCCUGCCAGCCAACUAGCAGCAAGCAAUCGUAAUAAGUUUGGAACUAAUUCUUGAGCUUAUUAUGUGAAUGGACUCACAAAGAUUUUAAAUUAAAAAAAAAAGAACUGAAGCAUGUCAUUUUAAUACAUACAUACAUACAUACAUUUGUAUUUUUUUUACUUUCAAAAUUUACUUAGGGAGCAAUAUUUAAAUACAUAACUUAGUUAUAGGAAAUAUUUUAAAACCUAGCUUAUGUGAUUAUUUUCAAUUUUGUAUAAAAGUUAAGUUUUUAAUCUAUAUUAAUAUUUUUAAUUUUAACUGUAUAUAUAAUUAUACGCAGUACAUUUGUUAAGAAUGAGAUUAUGCUUAGCACCCAGUUCAUAAAAUUCAUGCAUAUCUGUGCAUGUAGAUAAUUAAUGUUAUAGAUUAAAAACAAGAAUAAAAAUAAAUCAUAUGUUUUUAUUGUUA